AUGGCCGUGCAGAAUUCCGCGGGUGGCUAUAAUGCGUAUCUUAAGAAAAUGAGGCACCGGGAAUACCCUCAGUUAUCGGGCACCACAUACCUUGACCAUGCGGGCACAACCCUCUAUCCGGCGUCCACCAUAAAUGCAUUUGCCAAAGAUAUGUCGACCAACCUUUUCGGCAACCCGCACUCUGCAUCUCCCUCAUCUGCACUGUCAACAACUCGUGUAAGCGAGGUCCGACGGCUUGUAUUGGAACGAUUUAAAGCAGAUCCAAAGCACUUCGAUCUAAUCUUCGUCGCCAACGCUACUGCCGCCAUCAAGUUGGUCUCACACGCCUUUCAAGAUCACGGGUACUGGUAUGGGUUUCACGCAGAUGCACAUACGAGCCUCGUAGGAGUCAGGGAGCUCGCUACACAUGGACAUCGAUGUUUUGCCACCAAAGAGGAGGUUGAUUCUUGGAUUGAUUCCGGUAUCAAUGAUGAAGCCAUACCCCGACUUUUUGGCUACCCAGCCCAAUCUAACAUGACGGGGUAUCGACUCCCACUAAACUGGGGUGGGAAAAUCCGCGCCAAAACAGCCUCGCAGAAAUUUCCAACGUACACACUCCUCGAUGCUGCCUCAUAUCUCACCAGCGGCAACCUCGACCUCAGUGAUCAUACCCAGGCCCCUGAUUUCAUCACCCUCUCGUUCUACAAGAUAUUCGGCUUUCCUGAUCUUGGUGCUCUCAUUGUGCGAAAAGAGUCCAGUAAUCUUCUUCUUUCGCGAAAAUACUUUGGUGGUGGUACUGUGGAGAUGGUGACAGCGAUUGGAGAUUCAUGGCACCAGUUGCAUCGAAGCGAGAUCCACGAAGCUCUCGAGGAUGGCACACUUCCUUUCCAUAAUAUUGUCGCUCUUCACCAUGCUAUGGACACACAUAAUAGACUGUUCGGCACCCCAUCACAAUGUUCUGAUUGGGCUUCUCAUCUCACAGAACACGGGUAUAAGAGGCUCUCCAACCUAACCCAUUACAACGGGGUGAGAGUAUUGCAGAUCUACAAGUCUCCCCAUGCGCAAUUUGGAGACGCUCGCACACAAGGACCCAUAAUCUCCUUUAGCAUACGCUCACAUUUGGGCAAGAUUAUUGGCAAAUCUCGCUUUGAAGCACUCGCAAUCGCCGCUGGUAUUCAGCUUCGAACAGGUGGGGUUUGUAACCCUGGCGGCAUUGAAGCCAUGUUGGACCUAGAUUCCUGGGAAAUGAAAAGAAACUUCAUGCAAGGGAUGAGCUGUGGGAAUUCCUUGGAUGUUAUUGGCGGUAAGCCGACUGGCAUCAUAAGAAUUAGCCUGGCUCCAAUUACCACGAGAGAAGAUGUCGACAGGUUUGUGGAAUUCGUGAAGGAGUUCUUCGUAGUCGACGAGAGCGAGAAGGACUUGCCCAGGCGCCAGUUCGCACAGAACAGCCAACCACCUAUUCCAUUAAUCACGCCGAUUACAGGCUGCUUACCGAUAGAAGUUUUGUCAGAAGAUUUCCACUCUACAGUCGAGGCAGAGGCGGCCUACAUAGGCUUCCAUGAACAAUGGUUCAUCAAGGAUCUUUCGACUGGAAAAAGAAUUUCGAACCAAGAAGAGACACUCCAGAAGCUUAAACUGAAAAUGGAAUUUGAUGAAAACCAAAUGACUAUAUCAUAUAUCGGACCGAACAGGCAGUUAGGUCAGCAAAACUCGAUCGUGGUCGAACUGUGGAAAGGAUUACAGAUACCAAAACACAUAUCAGCGGCUACACCUACUUCGAUGUCAGAGAUUCAAUGUUUCUUUACCUCCAUUACUGAUACACCUACCACAUUAGGCCAUCGAUUGCAACGUCUAGACCAGAAGUCUUCGCCCUUGAAAUGCCAUAUUUGCGUGGUCUGGUGGUGUGGCACGGUGUUUAAAACCGCAGAAGACUUGCACCAGCAUUAUUGUCAACACGGGCAAAAUUUUCAAGGCUCCCACGCCGAAAAGUGCAAUCGAAAGAAAGAAACUUCAAAAAUGCUGAGAUCUCAAGAAAAAGCUUGGUUAAAGACAGGAUUCGUCAAUGUUUCCAGUUUUAGCGAGAAGUCUACUGAGAAUUUCGACUCAGGUAUAGCAAAAAUGUGGCUACAAGGUCGAAAAGAGAAAUCGAGUUUCUCAUUUAGGCGACUAUGCAGCAUCCGUCGAUAG